AUGUGUCACCUGGACCGGGGCAGUAGCCGACAGCCAACUCUCGACAGGUGUCGCGGGGUUAGGAAGGGCAGUGAAUCGGAACAGCUGAUGCUUUGCCUGAGUGUCAUCAUUUCCCAGCAGCCCGAGUGUCAUCAUUUCCCAGCAGCCCGAGUGUCAUCAUUUCCCAACAGCCCGAGUGUCAUCAUUUCCCAGCAGCCCGAGAGUCAUCAUUCUCCAGCAGCCCGAGCGUCAUCAUUCCCCAGCAGCCCGAGUGUCAUCAUUCCUAAACAGCCCGAGUGUCAUCAUUCCCCAGCCCGAGUGCAGCCGAGUGUCAUCAUUCCCCAGCAGCCCGAGUGUCAUCAUUCCCCAGCAGCCCAAGUGUCAUCAUUUCCCAGCAGCCCGAAAGUGUCAUCAUUCCCCAGCCCAGCCCAGCGUCAUUCCCCAGCAGCCCGAGCAUCAUCAUUCCUAAACAGCCCGAGUGUCAUCAUUCCUAAACAGCCCGAGUGUCAUCAUUCCCCAGCAGCCCGAGUGUCAUCAUUCCUAAACAGCCCGAGUGUCAUCAUUCCCCGAGUCUGGUUGAGCGUCAUCCUUCCUAAACAGCCCGAGGCCCGAGUGUCAUCAUUCCCCAACAGCCCGAGUGUCAUCAUUCCCCAGCAGCCCGAGUGUCAUCAUUCCCCAGCAGCCCGAGUGUCAUCAUUCCUAAACAGCCCGAGUGUCAUCAUUCCUAAACAGCCCGAGUGUCAUCAUUCCCCAGCAGCCCGAGUGUCAUCAUUUCCCAGCAGCCCGAGUGUCAUCAUUCCCCAGCAGCCCGAGUCCCGAGUGUCAUCAUUCCCCAGCAGCCCGAGUGUCAUCAUUCCCCAGCAGCCCAGUGUCAUCAUUCCUAAACAGCCCGAGUGUCAUUCCCCAGCAGCCGAGUGUCAUCAUUCCCAAGCAGCCGAAAGUGUCAUCAUUCCCCAGCAGCCGAGUGUCAUCAUUCCUAAACAGCCCGAGUGUCAUCAUUCCCCAGCAGCCCGAGUGUCAUCAUUCCUAAACAGCCCGAGUGUCAUCAUUCCCCAGCAGCCCGAGUGUCAUCAUUCCCCAGCAGCCCGAGUGUCAUCAUUCCCCAGCAGCCCGAGUGUCAUCAUUCCUAAACAGCCCGAGUGUCAUCAUUCCCCGAGUCUGGUUGAGCGUCAUCAUUAA